AUGGCCAAAGAAAAAUCACCAGCACCCAAGACAGACUGUUGUUGCAUCAGGCUGAUCACCAGUGAGUCUCAGGAGUCUGUGUCUCUGGCUGAUGCCUCAGCAGAGAAGGCCACACAAGCCACUGACACUGACCAUGGGGUUGAAGAUCCUGGGAAGGCCUUUGCAGAUGCAUGGAGGCUGAUGGAGGUGGUGCCUGUCUUACACUUUAUUCAAAACUUGGCCAAACCUUUUAUAAAUCUGAAGCACGAUGGUCUAGGACUCAAGGUGUCAAAGUCACUGUUAUUAGAAGAAAAGUACAUUUUGAUAGAAGGAGCCAUAUGCAUAACAGAGAUGCUUUGAGAGAAUUCCUCCCUUCAAGAACUAAACAUCUCUAAUAACUGCCUAAACAGAGCAGGAGCUGAAUCAUUUGCCAGUUUGCUUUUGGAUAACCUGUCCUACCUCAGUAGUCUUCAGCUCGCGGGAAACAACUUCGGACAGGAGACUGCACCCUACUUUGCUUAGGCAUUAAUGGGCAAUUACCAAGUGAAGGAGCUGAACCUUAGCCACAAGGAGUUCUCUGAGAAAGGACAACAGCUCCUGGGAUAGAUGCUUGAGUCUGUCCCCGUCACAACUCCUGUGAAAAAAAUUAACUCUGUCCUGGCCAAAAACCAAGACACAGGAGUACAGGCACUGGGGGACUUGAUCGAACAUUGCCAGAAUGAGUUGCUAAAUGAAACUUGAAUCAAGUUGCAGGAUUUGGUGUGUCAAAUGCAUCCUGAACUAGAUGUCAUCUACAGUGAGGUCAAAGUCUGUAUCAUCAAGAUCCAACAGUAUCCAGAUCCCAUGGAAAUGAUUCAGAACUACUUGAAAGAGCAUAACCUAAAACUAUGAGACUUUUUUUGGAAUAUUGAUGAGAAUGGAAACAUGAAGAUUCCUGUGGCAGCCUUCUGGAAAGCCAUGAUGCAGCAACAAAUCAUCCCACUGUAUAAAGUCCAAAUUGGGAAACCAGUGCAUCUAGACCAGAAUCAGACAACAGCUGUGGAUUAUAGGUAUGACCUUACUGUUGAUCAGUGGGGCCCGGAGAGGGCAGGAGAGCGGCCGGUGCCUCUCUCUGUACAUUUCGAGCUCGCUCCCUGCUCAACACGCACUGACCCGGCGCUCAGCGGGAGCGCAGCCCCAGGGCCCGGCCGUGCCCGCGUCGCCGCCAGGUGUCAGCGCAGCCCCGGCGGUGCCGCGCCCGCCCUGCCCGCCCGCGGGCCCCGCACGCCGCCGCACGGCGGCCUCCGGGAACCGCUGAGCGUGGAGUCAGCGAAUGGCCUGGAUUGGGAGCGACCUUUAACAUCAUCUAGUUUCUGUUCCAGGGCCUCACCACCCUCGGAGUAA